AUGAGUAUAGAUAAACAUCCUAAAAACUCUACUACAGAAAAGCAACAAGAUACUUCUAAGACUAAUAAAAAUAAUAACACUUAUAGUAGUGAAUUAAAAAGAACAGAGGAUAUGAUUCUAAAUACUGAAAAUUCGAAUAUGAGAAAAAAUUCAAAAACUCAAAAUGUAGACUUAACAAGCAAUUCUACUUCUAACAAAAAAACAGCACAAGAAGCAACUUCUCCUAUACACUAA